GUUAAUGUAGGUGAUAGGUACCACGUAAUGCCAAUAAUCGCACCUGCCUAUCCACAGCAGAAUUCCACAUUUAAUGUAUCACUGUCAACUAGAACAAUAAUGCAAGAGGCAUUUGAAGCGGGUCAAGUUGUUACAGAAGAAAUCGUUAUGGGCAAAGCAACGUGGGACAAACUGUUUGAACCACCAAACUUUUUUGGCAAAUAUAAACACUAUAUUGUUUUAUUUGCAAGCAGUUCAUCAUCAGAGGAUCAACUGGAGUGGUGUGGACUAAUUGAAGCAAAAAUACGACAUUUGAUAGGUACGUUAGAAAGGAAUCCACACAUCACAUUAGCACACAUAAACCCAGAAGCGUUUCCACCGUUACAUUCGGAACCUGAUAAGUUUGUGUCCAUGUGGUUUAUUGGGUUAACUUUUAAAAAAGGAGAACACCUAAACAUCGACCUUACGUAUGAGAUCAAAUCUUUUGUUGAUAUGACUGAACGACAAAUUAAGGUAUUUAAACACGGUAUGACGAUAGAAGCACGGCAUGUAAAGAAAAAGGAUCUAGCUAAUUAUAUUUCCUCAUCUCUAAUAAAAAGAGAACGAAAGACUUCAAGCGGCAAUCAGCGGAAUGUAAAUGUUAUACGUAGAAAUAAGCAAUUUCAUAAUGAAGUAUCAAAUCGUAAAAAUUUGAUACCCACCACAACGAGCAUGAAAAUAAUCGGGUUAAAAAUGUUUCGCAAAAUGAAUUUCCGUGUAUCAAUGAAGUGA